AGAGUUGGAUUACAGCUCUCUAGCUCAAAACAUUGGCCAUUACACUACCAUCUUAAAAGGCUGCUGUACCACGGAACACAGAAUAGAGCAGAUUUCUUACAUUUUCUGGACCACAGAUGGAUUUUGAAUGCCUCUUUUUGCCUUGAUGGAAGAUAUAUAAACUUCAGUAACUGGAAUCCAUACCUAAUCACUUGUGAAGGUGUUUGUGCAUAUGUACAGAUAUAUAUCUGUUUAAACCCUUAUCAUGAUUUGCUUUCAAGUGUAUCUAAAAUCUGCUCUAAGAAAUGAGAUUCUUUAGAUGAACUUACAAUUGUUUUGAGCUGCAAAGAGCCAGAUAUUUACUCUCACAUGUUGGAAUCCUUUGUGAGUUUAUAAGAGAAAUUUUCUGGAAGCUUUUUUUUUUUUUUUUUUUUUUUUUUUGUAUUGCUGAUAAAGAAAUGCAUUUUGAAACAGCCUCUAGCUGUAUGACGACGACUGCAUUGUAACCUGUGGGUUUUAAACAUCAGAAUGUUCAAACCGUGGGCAACUGUGAACAUUUUCAUAGUUUCAUUUCUACAUCUGCUGCAAGGAUCUGACUAUGAGAAUGGAUCUGUAAAGAGGACAUCUCUUUCAGCCUUGGAGAGGUCAGAACAGCAGAUCAGGAGAGCAUCCAGCCUGGAAGAGCUGCUUCGCAUCACUCACUCUGAGGACUGGAAACUAUGGAAAUGCAGGCUAAAACUCAAAAGUCUGGCCAACUUAGACUCCCGCUCUGCAUCGCAUCGCUCCACCAGAUUUGCUGCUGCUUUCUAUGACAUUGACACACUGAAAGUCAUCGAUGAGGAAUGGCAAAAGACUCAAUGCGUGCCAAGGGAAACCUGCGUGGAAGUUGCCAAGGAGCUGGGUACAACAACCAAUAAAUUCUUCAAGCCUCCUUGUGUGAACGUGUUCAGAUGUGGAGGCUGCUGCAAUGAAGAGAGUCUGAGCUGCAUGAAUACAAGUACUACUUAUGUGUCAAAAACGCUCUUUGAGAUUGCAGUUCCCUUGACAAGUGUUCCUGAGCCUGUGCCAGUCAAAAUUGCCAAUCACACAGGCUGCAAGUGUCUAUCAAAUACCCAGCGCCAUCAGUACACCAUCAUACGAAGAUCUGUCCAGUACCCAGAAGAAGAUGGAUGCCCUUUUACCAACAAACUUUGCCAUAAUGGCUGGAUCUGGGAUAGUGACAAAUGUGAAUGUGUCAUAGAUGUAGAGCACACCAACAGACGAGAAGGACUCCCUCCUCUUGCUGAGCUGGCUAUGUGUGGACAAUACAUGGAAUUUGAUGAAGAAAAUUGUGAAUGUGUCUGUAGACAGAAGUGUCCCACAGAUUUCUUUCAAAGUAAAGAGAACUGCAGUUGCUAUUUGUGCAGGGAGAGCCAGGAGAGCUGUGCUCUAAAACACAAGAUAUUUCAUGCUGAAACCUGCAGCUGUGAGGACAAAUGCCCACCCCAACCCAGAACAUGCCCAACUGCAAAACCAACCUGUUCCAGGCAUUGCCGUUGUCCGAAGGAGAAGAGAGGUUCUCAUGGGUCCCAAAGCAAAGAAACUCCUUGACUGAGCUUUCCCUGUCCUCUGAAAAUCCACUGCUUUGCAAAGUAGCUGUCACUGACUUUCAAACAAUAGUAGACCCCGACAUCUUCCACAUUAACAGCAGAAGAAUGAACCCAGUCUGCAUUUAUUUAUUAGAGUAAUCACUAAUUGCAGGUGAAUCCUAUAGGACACUGGCAAUUGUUAUUUAAGAGGUAGCAACAACUGAUGAAUUGUGUGGAAGCCAGUGGGAAGUGCCAGUUCAAUGUUACAUUAUGGAAGAUGAAGCUGGUCUGUUGGUAAAUAGAGGCAUAGUCACCAGCCAAUCUUUCAGAAACUGAGAUUAGAUAAUCUUAGCCUCUGAAUCCUUAGCUAAUGCAGCUCCUCAGUGAAACUUUCCUCAGAAAUUCAGUGUACAGGAUUUGGCUUCUAAUAGGUUCAGCACUGAGUUAUUUGAUCUACUGUUCAGCUUUAAUUAUAAUUUUGAGUUUAUUGUACAACUACUGUCAGAUGCGCCAUAUUUAAGUGUAUAUAAGAAAAUAAAUACAUCAGUUAUCCAAA